GCUGAACAUACCCACCUACCACCGAAAAACCAUUGUUCGCCGAACAUGCCGGAGGUAGCGAAUGGGUAUGUUGCAACGCCUCACCAUGCCUUGGCACUCACCCCGGGAUUCGUGCGUGAUUAAACGUUAAUCGGUGCUUCUCAUUCUUCCUUCUCCUACGACAAUGUCGAGCACCACAAUUAUCUCUCCAACAGACUCCCCGAUACCGCAAAUACCGCCGUCCAUUGCAAACCGUGUUUUUGUUACUGAGAAAAGCACAUUAGAGGCACCUCCCCCACAAGUCGCUCGUUGGCGAGCAUGGUCACUUUUGCUCGUUUUUUCCAUGGCCCAGAUGCUUGAUAUCUUCAAUGUCACGGCGCCUACGAUUGCUUUGCCAGAACUUGCCUCAGAUUUGGGCAUUUCUUACUCUGAGCGCCAGUGGGCUAUCAACGCGUACUCAUUGACUUUUGGCGCAUUUCUCUUGACCGGAGGGCGCUUUUCAGCUAUGUGGGGAUCUAAGAGCAUGUUUGUUCUUGGGUUCACUAUAGUCGGCGUCUGCGGUAUCAUUGACGGUUUUUCUACCAAUGGACCAAUGUUAUUUGUUUUUCGGGCCUUCCAAGGGAUCGGAGCUGCGCUGACAAUCCCUUCGGCUCUUGCGAUGAUAACAACCUUGUUUCCGAGUCGUGGUGAGCAGGACCGUGCUCUGGGAGUCUUUGCCGGGUUUGGUGCGAUGGGAAGUAUAGUCGGUCUUGUUCUGGGAGGUGUCAUCUCCCAGCUUCUCGACUGGCGCUGGGUAUUCUGGAUCUCGGCUUGCAUUAUCCUGCCUCUUUCGUUCAUAGCAUUCCUGCUCGCUCCUCCCUCGCCUCACUCUGACGAUGCUCCCAAACUCAAGAACAUGGAUUGGCUCGGCCUGGCUUCUAUUACCUUGGCCCUGAUUCUGUUCAUCUAUGCUGUGACUGAAGGCAACAACCGUGGAUGGACCUCAGCAGAGGUUCUCGCACCUCUUAUCAUAGCUAUUGUUUUACUCCCAACGUUUGGCUUCAUAGAAACUAAGGUAGUGGAACCGCUCAUCCCACCAGUGAUCUGGACUCUCCCUGGAUUCGUCCCAUUGUUUGUAAUCACUUUCAGUGAAUACCUCACGAUGAAUGUGAUAAUAUUCCAAGAAUCGCUUCUAUUCCAGCAAGUUUGGCAUACGUCGGCGCUAAGCGCUGCCCUUCGAACCAUUCCUUUCGGUAUCACGGGCUUCUUUACUACAGUUAGUAUGGGUUUCGUUACGCCAUUCGUCGCACCACGGUGGAUUCUUGCCGUAGGACAAGUCUUUAUGAUUGGCGGAGCUCUUCUUGUCGCGUUUGCGCCUACCCCUGACAAGUACUGGUCAAUGGUAGUCCCCUCACUUAUCCUUACGGCGCUAGGUGUCGCUAGCGGUUUCGUUGCAGCCAACAUCGGUAUGAUACGUACCCCACUUGCUAAGCCCUCUGUGAGGAUCCACGAAAGUACAGCGCUCAUAGGCGCUAUCUUUAACGCCGACUUGCAAAUUGGAUCUACGAUUGGCCUAGCUAUUACCACGGCGAUUACUACUCAAGUCAACGGGAGCAACGUGGAGGACUUUGCUGGUUACAAGGCCAGUUAUUGGUUCCUAGUCGCACUAUGUGCCCUCGAGGCGCUUUUGGCGGCUGUCGCACUCCGCAGCUGGAGUGGGACUGGGAUGGCUGAAGAGGUGGAGUCAGGAGAGCAGAAGUCAUCUUACUUGUCCGAAGAGGCGGCAAAUGGAGUUGUUGAGCGGUUGUAGAUGCGUAUGACUGACCGGAUGAACUUCAAUGAUACAUUCAUUUGUAGCCACUAUAGGAGAUAGACUUUCACACAAUGUGUAUUUACCCCGUUUACUGGAGCACUCACUGGUGAUGAACAUGAUAUGUCAACUUUGAGUGAUGAGAAGAAAGCACUUCGUAUCCGAGUCGGAUUUUCAGCAUACCACCUUUGGGACUUGAUAGUUACGG